AUUAGUUUCCUUAACCUUCAAUUUUAUUGGCAGGGUGAUUCGUCGUCGGCAGAGUCAGCCAGAGGCUUACAGACUCUAUCUUGAACUCCUAAAGCAAUACACAUUUUCCUUUGCUCCAGUGGGAAUGAAUUCUUCGAGAGAGAAGAUCGUAAAAUCUGUUGAUGAUGCACUGCAACUUUCACAGACUUUUGGGGUUUGUGUAUUGGAUCUUGGACAUGCAUUUGUCUUGUUUCUUUUUACUGUUAUCAUUAGUUUAAUUGAUUGUGUAUUGGAUGAUUGGGGAUUGCAACCAACGUCAAUAGACAAACUCAGUUGCAUAUUUGGAGUUGAAGAACAUCAGAAUAUGGAUAUAAGUUCUCAAGCGAACCAAAAUGAUGAAAGAAAUGAACAUCGUGAACUACUACGCAGAAGGAAUGCUUUUAUGGCUAUGGAGGUCUUGGGAAUACUGACAGAAAAUAGAAAAGCAAUGGUUCUGCUUCGUCUAGUCCACUUGAACAUGUAAGCCCCAUUCCUUGCCAAGUGUGUUU